GGAGGAGGAGGACGCGGGUGUCAUGGCGGCGGCGGGGCUGCCGUGGCUGAGGGGCUGGUGGUCCCGCCGGCUGGUCGGGGCGGCCCGGGUCCCAGGGGGCGGCGGCGGCCCGCGCUGGCGGUCCGGCGGGGUGGGCGCCGUGGCGGCGGACAAGGGCCGCCCGGACCCGGUGCUGCGGCCCCAGGAGGACCCCGAGCCGGAGGACGUCAAUCUCUACGAGAAGAACCCCGACUCCCACGGCUUUCACGUGGACCCUGUCAUGGACCUGUGGAACAUGCGUCUUGUCUUCUUCUGUGGAGUCUCCAUCACCCUGGUUCUGGGCUCGGUCUUCGUUGCCUAUCUGCCUGACUAUCGGAUGCGGGAGUGGGCGCGGCGGGAAGCGGAGCGCCAGGUGAAGGAGCGCGAGGCGAAGGGCCUGCCCCUCAUAGUCUCCAACUACUUCGACCCCAGCAAGAUCGUGUUGCCUGAUGACGACGACUGAGCCCGACUCCUUGUCCCCCCCUUCCCCCAAUAAAAUGAUUCACUCUCAC